AUGAGCGCAAUGUUUUCUACUUCGAGAUCGUCGCAGGGAGGUUCAUCUUCAGGGAACUUGAUCGAGUUUAAGGCUGGGCGUUCUUUCUUGCAACCCGCUGCUGCUGUUAACAAGAAGAAGGUUGUGGCCGACAAGACAAAAGGUCUUGUUUUCAUCAAGCAGUCUAAUGACCAGCUUAUGCACUUUUGCUGGAAGAACAGGGAAACUGGAGCAAUCGUGGAUGACCUCAUUAUCUUCCCAGGAGACACUGAAUUCAAGGAAGUGAAAGGCUGUCCUGAUGGAAAGGUGUACAUGCUCAAGUUUAAGACCUCAGACGAACGCCGGUUGUUUUGGAUACAAGAUGGCAACAAUGAUGCAGAUAAAGAUCUUUGUCAGAAAGUGAAUGAUGCUCUCAACAAACCUCCUACUACUCGUGCAUCUGCUCGUGGAGGUUCUUCUGAACGCACUACUGGAGGAUUAUCAACGGCUAAUCUUGCUGGGCUUAGUGGCAGUGAGGAGCUAGGUGCGCUAGGAGGUUUGGACCAGCAACAACUCAUGCAGCUACUGCAAUUUAUGAACCAGGGAAGUUCCGAUUCUCCAGCGCUUGUUUCUCAGAUACCGUCUGGGAACAAUACAGAUCGUAACACUUCUUCGGGCGCUCCUAAAGUUUCGGCUUCCGAACUCACUCAACUGCAAACAUUGCUUGGUGGCCUCAGAACUCCGGGAACAAGAGGUGCUGAUUCGUCCCAAGGAAGCUCGGAGCGUCAGGUGGCUGUUGAACUGGGUGAUAUAGUUGCUGGGGGACAAGUUGUUGAGACAGCCAAAAAUAACGCUGAUCGUCUCCUCAAUCAUAUGCCUGCUGAAGACAAAAGUUCGUCGGACACGAAGAAAGCCUUAGAAGAUACAGUUCGGUCUCCACAUUACAGACAGGCCGCUAAUACGUUCGGUCAUGCGCUGUCAACCGGUCAGAUGGCUCCUGUUCUUGAACGCUUCGGCAUCAGCGACGGAGCUGCUCAAGCGGCUGCAUCAGGAAAUCUACUUGAGUUUGCGAAGAAAUUGACUGAAGCGGAGCGUGGUGGCGAUGUUCCUGAAGAGAGUUCUGAACCGGCUGCAGCUGCAAAUGCUGAAUCAACAUCUGCACCCGAAGGCGAGGAGGUCGUGAAAGAGCCGAAGCCUAAGCGUGGAAAAACAGAAGAAGACGAGAUGGAUCUUGAUUGA